ACAUUGUUAAUACAUAAUUUACUAAGUAUUGUUCUCUUCCUUAGUUUAUUUAUCAACAAUUAUUGAUUCAGAAAAGUUUGCAAGUUACUAAUUUGCUGACACACAUACUUCUUGAUCCAAUAAAGAAAUCUGGGUGAAAAAAUUCAGAAUUUCGAACACGAUCUUUUAGCACAUUUGUCAGAAAACGGCAGAAUUGAUGUGUUGAUAAUGAAUAUAUCCAUUUCUUUCCGGCUUUCAUUUGAAUUUCGUUGUAUCACGGUAUGAAUGCAAAAUUUCUUGACGGUCGAAUUUACAAUUAAUAUAAUGUGUAUGUUAUUAUUUAUCUAAUUUUUCAAUAUCCUAGAAUGUCGAAAGAUUGUAAACAAGAGAUCAAAUCAGAACAAGUGGAGAUCUCAGAGAAAUCCAACGGUUUCCUCUGCCCAAUGUGCGGAGCACAUUACUUUUCAGAAGACUACUUUGUUGAGCAUAUCAAAGAACAUAAAUCAGCAUCAAAUUGUCCCAUAAAACAAGAAAUAACAUCUGAAUCAGAUAAACCAUCUGUUUUUAUCUGUCCGGUUUGUGCUGAACAUGUUUACUCAGACACCCAGUUAAUAGAACAUGUAAAACAGCAUCAUGGUCAGAGCAGCCGAGAAGUGCUUGACAACCUUGAUAGUGCAGAUAACUCUACUGUAACAGAUCCUGAGAAGACAUUAGUUAUGUCUUCUACUGAGAGUUUGUCUGUGAAACCCUUCAGAAGUUCAAAGUGUUCAUUUGCUACAAAACAUAAAUAUAGUCUAACUGAACAUAUGAGAAUUCAUUCUGGAGAGAAACCCUUCAAAUGUUCAGAGUGUUCAUAUAUUACAAGACGAUCCUGUGAUCUUACUAGACAUAUGAUUAUUCACUCUGCAUCGGGAGAGAAACCCUUUAAAUGUUCAGAGUGUUCCUAUGCUACAAAAGAUAAAUGUAAUCUAACUACACAUAUGAGAAUUCAUUCUGGAGAGAAACCCUUCAAGUGUUUAGAGUGUCCAUUUUCUGCAAGCAGUAAUAGUGGCCUUACUAGCCAUUUGACUAUUCACUCUGGAGAGAAACCCUUUAAAUGUUCAGAGUGUUCAUAUAAUACAAGACGAUCCAGGGAUCUUACUAGGCAUAUGACUAUUCACUAUGGAGAGAAACCCUUUAAGUGUUCAGAGUGUUCAUUUGCUACAAGACAAUCAGGUCAUCUUAGUACACAUAUGAGAAUUCAUUCUGGAGAGAAACUUUUUAAAUGUUCAGAGUGUUCAUAUAAUACAAGACGAUCCAGGGAUCUUACUAGACAUAUGAGAAUUCAUUUUGGAGAGAAACCCUUCAAGUGUUCAGAGUGUUCAUUUGCUACAAGACAAUCUAAUUAUCUUACUAGACAUAUGAGAAUUCACUCGAACAAGAAAUGAAGAAACCCUACAAAUUUUCAGAGUGUUCAUUUGUCACAAGACAAUCAGUUAUCAAGCUAUCUUAGUACACAUAUGACAAUUCACUCUGGAGAGAAACAUAUUCAGAUUGCUUAUAUAUAUGCUAUUCGAACCAUAAUAUAGAAUUUUUAAAGAUGGAACUGGAACUGGUAUGGGGGCUGGGGCAAUGAUUUUUGUAACCAUUUUAUUGGUAUCAUUUUGUUAAACGUAUGAAGA